UCAAUAAUCCCCACUCUCACAGUCUCACUUUUUGGGUAUUCGGGAGAGAUGGAUCCAGGCGGAGGAGCACCCGCCCUCCCGGUUGAUAUGCUUGUCGAGAUCCUCGUCCGCCUCCGCUGCUCCCGCGCCGCCGCGCGGACCGGCAUCCUCUCCCGCUCGUGGCGCGGCCUCUGGACCCGCCUCCCCGUCCAUGUCUUCCGCGGCGUCGCGCUCGGCUCCAUCCAAGCGGCGCUCGAUUCGAUCAAAGCCGAGGGCGGCCCCGGCGCGCUCCUCCUCGACAUCUCCGUUCCGGAGGCGUCCCUCUCCGAAACGGAGUUGAGCGAGCGCGUCCCCAAGCUGCUCGACGCCGCCGCGGCGCUCUUGCCAGUGGAGCUCCGCCUCGCCGUCUGGGAAAACACGCCAUUCAAGUACGUCAAAGUGGUCGUGCCCCGCCUCCCACGCGCCGCCUCGGUGGAGCUGCAAGGGCUGGAUCUCGCCUUCGCCGACGAGCCAGGCAGCCGGCAGGGGUUCCCGGCGCUGGAGAGGCUCUCCCUCACGAGCUGCCGCGCCGUCCUCACGAACCUGCUCCCCCGCUGUCCGCGGCUGCGCGUGUUCAGGCUCAGGGAUGAUCUUCUUGUCUGUCAACACAAGAACAUCAUCAUCAGAUCCUCGUCGCUGCAGGAGCUGGAUGUGGAGAGCAAGGUCCCCUUCCUGCACCGCAUCGACAUCGAGGCACCUGCGCUCAAGCGACUGGCCAUGUCCUUCACCAGCAGCAACAACAUCAUUGUGUUGGUGUCCGUUUCGGCACCAAUGCUGGACAAGGUGUCAUGGCGCUGCAGCUAUUCCACGGUGUCUGCCGGGCUUGGUGUGUCCGUCGGCCUUGGCCCUUGGGGCCUCCUGUCUGUGAGAUUACACACAGCGGAGACCAAUGGGCAGCUUCAUCCUCACGUUCAUAGUUCAUACAGCUUUUCAGAGGGGCUCAACCUUACGACGGAGAUAGAGAGGCAUAUGGUUACCCUUUUCUCUGUCUUGGAGCUACACGUCCAAACGUGGGGGCAUGUUUUUGGAGCAUUUGCAUUGCACAUCCUUGAAAUGGAUCGGAUUUCCACUGCUAUACAAAGCCUUAAGGUCAUCCUGCUGAGAUCAGAGGAUAAUGAAGCAUGCCCACCAAACUGCGAUUGUGAGCUGCCCAAUAAUAACUGGAGAAGCCAGACUAUCUCCUUGACCAAUCUUGAAAAAGUGGAAAUCGAAGGCUUCCAAGGAGAAGGUCAUGAGUUCGAUUUCUUGAAACUGGUAUUUAGAUGCGCACCAGUGCUGAAAACAAUGUCUGUGAGGCUGUCAGAUGAGGUCACAGCAAGUAGCGACGAUUGCUGCAAGAAAAUACAUGACGUCUUCAAGAUGUAUCCUUUUGUGGAAUGCAAUGUGGAUCUUAGUUCGCCUGGGGUCAACAUGCAGCUGCCAUAGUGAUCGAUAGUGGUGCGCCGACACGAUGAUCCUCAUUGACAUGCCACGUUUACCAGUUCAGGGGCUCAUCGAAGAGAUCGUUCUGCCCCGUGUCGACCGACUCCACUAGCUAGCUGGUUUUCAGGAUUUUGCUUGGUUGCUUCAUGUUAUUUUGCUAAUAAUGCAGUGUUGAAUUGUUCCGGAGGUCAUCAUGCGUGGUGUCCAGUUCGUCAACUGAGUGCGAAGAGUUGAUCACAAGGUUGUUGCCUGAAUUUUAUGUACUACUAUGAAAAGGUUUGUGGCAUUCCCAUAUGAAAAGGUUUGUCUGAUGUUCUUGCUCAGGAAAUUGUGUCGUGAGAUCU